AUGAACUUCACUGAAACUCUUGAAAAAUUAUUAAAAGAAAAAGCAAAAGAGAACUAUGAUAAUUCCCUCUCAUGGCCUAAACUAUGCGCUUCUCUUUUAGCCCUAGAGCCAAAUCGAACAACACCUUUUGGUGAAAUUACACGCCACCUUUAUGACUGUAUAAACUCUUGUCUUUUAAAUUUAAAUAAUGACGAUCAUAAUGUCACCCAAGCACAUUCCCGCUUCGAAAAGGGAUUACUUGAGCGGCCUUUUUAUCUUGCUUUAGCCGAAAUGCUUGAAACUUGCAUAUUCAAGAAUCUCGGAGAAUUCCCAGAGAGUCUAAAGACGAGUAAAUUGUUUAUGCUUGAAAAUAAAAAUUUGUCAAGAUUGGAUGAGAUUGAAGAAGAAAUGAAACAUUUAUAUAAUAACGUGUUCAUCAAUGCUACAUAUCCUCUGAAUGAUGAAAAAGAAAGACAAUUCUCUAAAUUUUUAUUUGAGUUUUUAACCCCAAAAGAUCUAAAUACAUUUUUGGGUCUUCGAACUACAGUCGGAUCAGCGCCACAAUUGCCACCAUCUUUACAAGAAUGUCUUGAAUCUUUUACAAAAAUCUAUGUAAAAAAAUCAGCAAAGCCCAAAUUAAAUAGAUCUAAAGCAGCAUCAUUCUCGGCCAAUACACUUACUGUUGGUGCAAAAGCCCAUUCUAAACAUUUUCAUCGUGAUGUAUCUGAUGCUUUUUGGGGAACUUGCACCGGAACCGAGAAGCAAAAGAACGAGCAAGCGAAUAGAGUAUUGGCGAAAAUCAUAACAAAUGCCGCAUGGAUAAAUUUACAUUCAUUACCACACGAUACAAGAGUUUAUGAAGUUCGUAAUGAACAAGGAUACGGAGCACGCUGGGAAAUUUAUGAUCCUAUAAUCAAACAAGCCAAUGCUAAUCCUAAUAAUAUUGACAGUGAUGAUGAGAAUGAUAAUAAGACAUUACAAAUUUCUCAUAAUAUUGACAAAGGUCACGCCUCAAUAAUUUUUCGUGGAUUCUUAGAACCGCAAAUGUUAGAUGGACACGCUAAAGGAUGGGUUCAUUAA